UUGCUGAUCCAGUUCCAGUCCAGUUCAGUCAGGCUUCAUAUCAUUCUAUUAUCUGUGGAAAAAAUGUACACUUGGUAACACUGAUUGUGAUCCGCAGGUGUUAUCAGCGCGCCGCGCCUGUCCGUUAUCAUAUCUUUCUUCUUGGUUUUGGACGUUUUGGUUAUAAAGCCUUAGUUUUGGUCUUUUGAUUAGAUUCAAAGAAGUAAUAAUUUGUAAGCUGUGUGUAAUUGAAAUUACUUCGAUUGUCGUCCGUUUAAGAAAUCCGAUUUUGGUCAGGUAAUUUUCAUUGCGGCUAUUCAGAAGGUAGUGAUAAUUUCACUUUUACAAUUGAAUUAUUUGUGGAGGAAAAAUUGUCUCAAUCAAAUUUGAUCGUGUCCGAGGGUCGAUUGCUAUUCAAGGACCAAACUCGUGUGUGAAGUAUGUCGAAUAAUACGAGAAAUGCGGAAAGUAAAGGAUCCAGCAGUCAUUCAAAGACCGAUAGAAAAACUUGUGCUUACGUCUGGACAAUCCGCUCAUAUCGCAAGAACGAUAGCAUAUUCGAUAGCUAUGAAUCUCCGGCUUUCGCUGCUGCUGACGAUGAUUUCACUUUCAAAUGGUGGUUGGAACUUUUUAGGAAUCGCAAAGAUGAGAUUACAAUCAGUUUAAGUCCUAAUCGCGACAGAGAUUUGGAAAAGUGUAGCCCUGUGUCUGGAAACUUGAAGAUCACAUUGAUGAAUAAUGACGGCACGUGGUACCGUUCCGGCGAAGCUUCAUUCCAGCUUAACUUAAAUGAAACGGACCCAUUCUUUGAACUGUACAUUUGCGAUGGGAAUGAUCUGGAUGUGAAUGGAUUGGAAUCCUCAAAAAAAUUAUUUGUUUGGUGCCACGUAGAAUACGAGUAUAUGAAAAAACCCAAGCUGAUCGAGUCGAGCCUUUCACAUGACCUCGAACGGAUUCGCACGGAUGAAAAUUUCAGCGAUGUGACCAUCUCAGUUAAUGGUAAAAAUUAUCCGGCUCAUAAACUGAUUUUAGCCGCUCGCAGUUCGGUUUUCAAAGCCAUGUUUACAAACGAUAUGCUAGAAAGCCAGAAAAAUAACGUUACAAUCGACGAUAUCAAGCAAGAAACAUUCGAAGAAAUGCUACGCUACAUUUACACUGGGGAGAUGCGAAAUUUGGACGAAUGGGCCUUCGAAUUAUUCCCUGCUGCGGAUAAAUACGAUCUGAAAGAACUGAAAAAUGCCUGUGAGGAACUUUUGCUUUCAAAAGUAUCAACAGACAAUGUAGGCAAGAUUUUACUAUUGGCAGAUAUGCAUAAUGCUGAAGAAUUGAAGGCGAAUGCUCUACGAUUCAUCAAAAAGAAUUAUUAUAAUCGCGGGAAUUAUAAAAAUACAGAGGUAUGGAAAAUAUUGUCCGAAUCUCGUCGUAGUUUAUUGAUAGAUAUGCUAGCUGUGUUUUUUGAGAAGACUGAAUUGUAGCAAUAGUCGAAUGAAAAUUAAACUUGUUCAUAAAACUUGGCAUUUCGUUAUUCGUCGUAACUUUUUUUUGUUUAAAUUUUGUAGUGGUAGGACUUUUUUUGAUACAUAGAAGAAUUAAUAUGUUCU